CGACGCGCUACAGCUGUCACCGUACGUGGCAAGUUUUUGACAGUCUUUUGCGGCACGUACUCGGUUAGUUGAGACAAUGUAAAUUAAAAUCCUGUUUUCCCGGACCGCGUUCUGGAUUGACAUAGUAAAAACGAUGUCGAAGACGAAAGCGAUUCCGCAUAACCUCAUUCAGUGGGAUCAGGGUGACGAUUCUCUGGCCCCGCUUACGGAUCGUCAGAAGGAUUGUCUGACGAAUCUGGAGAUUGCCGUAACCUCGUCCUUUCCGUCGUCAAAUUUGCAAAUCGACGCGAUCGACGAGGAGAAGUCGCGAACAGAAGACUCCGAGGAAGACUCGGUCGCGAUAGAGAAGUAUCAGGACCUGCUUCAGCACUAUCUGUCCCUGGAAAGGAGACACGCGUCUCUUUACGACAUGAAGUACAACGUGUAUCUCGACGAGCUCAAGUCGAGACAGUCCGAGUGCCAGGAGAUCUGUUCGCAGAUAGAGGAGGCGUUGGACGACUUCUUCGCGCUCUACAAACAAUACACCGAGGUCUCGAACAAGACCACUUCUCUGUACGAGGCCAGCGAGCAACUCAUCUCCGAUCAGAAGCAACUGAACGCGAGAAUCGACAGCAUCACGGAAUACGUGAGAUAUUUCAAGGAGAUCGACGUGAUCAUAGAGAAAUUGGACGCGCCCACCUUGUCCGUAAACAGCGAAAUGUUCUUCAACAUAUUAGACAGGAUCGACACGAAUAUAGACUUCGUACAGAACAACUCGUCGUUCAACGAGAGCGGUGUGUACCUGGUGCGUUACAGACACUGCCAGUCGAAGGCGAUCGCGUUGAUACAAAACUACAUCUUCAAUCUGUUCUCCAAAACCACGGAGAGCAUCUUGAACACGAAGGACAGUGCGGGCUCGUCCGAGAACAAUAACACGGCCUUCGCACUGUUCUACGGCAGAUUUCGGACGAUAUUGGCCAAAACCAAACCGGUUAUCGAACAGGUCGAGAACAAAUCGUACAAGAGACAAGAGUACGACAGUUUGUUGCUCGAGUGUCAUCAGUAUUAUUGGAGCCAGCGCGGGCUACUGCUGAGCACAAGCAUACAGAAAUCUCUCAACUCCGUCAAGGAGAAAUACAACGGUGAUCAUUGCAGUUUGGUGCGACACUCCUGCGCGUUGUUUUUACACACGUCGAUAGACGAGCACAAGUUGUUCUACGAAUUCUUCUCGAAGCAAUCGAGCGGACUGACCGCCUAUCUCGAGAGCCUUUGCACCUCCCUGUACGACGCACUCAGGCCCUUCAUAAUACACAUCAAUCAUCUCGAGACACUCGCGGAAAUCUGCUGCAUCUUGCGAAUCGAGAUGUUGGACGAAUACGUGCAGAAUAAUUUCGAACCGCUCGAGGGCUUCGGCAACAUAUGUCUGCAAUUGUUGCACGAUGUUCAGGAGAGACUUGUGUUCCGUGCGCACUUGUAUCUGCAAUCGGACGUUCUCAAUUACAAUCCCUCGUCGGGAGAUCUGGCUUAUCCGGAAAAACUGAAGAUGAUGGAAGACAUCGCUGAGUCAAUUCGGGAAGAGACUCGACAGACUCGCAUGAAGAGAAUCUCGGUGUCGUCCACCGACAGUUCCGUUCUUGAACCGGUCUCGCGCAAUCACAUAGUCAUCGAUUCGAUCUACCAGAAGACCCACAUGGGCAGUUCCCCGGCCGAUCUGCACGCCAUGUGGUAUCCCACGGUUCGCCGAACUCUCGUUUGUCUGUCCAGGCUCUACCGUUGUCUGGACAGAUCUGUGUUCCAGUCGCUCAGCCAGGAAGCGAUUUCCCACUGCGUGCAGAGCAUCGAGAACGCCCGGCAGGAGAUCGAGAAGCGAGCGAGCGUUCUGGACGCCGAAUUGUUUCAGAUCAAACAUCUGUUGAUUCUCAGGGAACAGAUCGCGCCGUUUCAGGUCGACUUUACCAUCAAAGAGUACAGCUUCGACUUCUCCAAGGUGAAGACCGCCGCUUUCGGACUGCUCGAGAAGAGUUCCCGGCUCUUCAGUUUGUCACUGUCGAACAACGCUCUGCUGGAGUUCCUGCUGGAAGGCGCGCCUCAGAUGAAGGAACAGCUGAUCGACUCGAGGAAGCACGUGGACGCGAAGCUCAAGUUCGCGUGUCAGCGAUUGAUACAGCACGCGACUUACUUACUGAUUUAUCCCAUUAUCAAGUUGCUGGAGAAGGAGAGAAUUCACGAGGCGAGCAAGAGCCAGCAAGAGAAUCCGCUGGGCACCGCGCAGGAAGUUGCGACAACGGUGGCCGAUGUGUUGAGGAUAAUAAAGUUCAAAUGUCCGGAGAUACAGCAGUCGAUGCAGCUUUAUCUGGCCAAUAAAGAAACCGAAUUCAUUUUGUUCAAACCGGUAAAGAACAACAUUUGCGCCGCGUUCACGCAGCUCCAUCAAAUAUUGAGCAAGUAUUACAACUCGGAGAAUCUCUUGCUGAUCGCGUGCCCGUUGCCGGAACAAAUUUCCGUUAUGUUGAGCUCGACGACGUUGGUUCAGGGAAAAUCGAAUCGGGAAUCCCAAUCGGGAACCCUGAAGCGAUCGCAAUCGGUCACCAAGCAAGAAGUAUAAAGUAAAAAACAUAUGUUCCCCUGUGGUGUUUGUUUAUUUUUAUUUUUUUUUUUUUAAUUCGUUGAAAUCAAAACUCGUUUUCGUACACAGGUAGGUGUGUGCGUUUUUGUAAAAAAAAAAAAAAAAAAAAA